UUUAAGUUACAGUGGAUAUUAUCUCCAUUUAUAUAUAACAUCUAUAUCCCUUAUUCUUAUUGAUGAGACAGUUGUUUAUUUUAAUUUUAUCUCCCAUUUUAUUACUUGAAGUUAGAUUUAUUUGUACGUGCAAGUAAACAGUUCCAACUUCCAACCCAACUUCAGAUUUCACAAAGUUAGUGACUCUUUCAUGACUCUUUUUUUUGUGACAAACAACAGACCUCAAUAACAGACAUUCCAUUUUCUUAAAUGCAUUUGAAAUGUAGCUGGUAAGCAACGUGUUUCAUCGUUCAAGUUUCCAAAUUUUUGAAAUGUCCUGCUUAUAAUGCAAGAGUCCUUGGAGUCCUAGAAGACAUAAGGUCGUCUUAAUAACGAUGCCACGAUAUUUCGAAGUCACAUCCAUAUUCAACUUCACCUGGGACCAAGUGGCGCAAGGCUUUUGGAGACGUUAUCCAAAUCCAAACAGCAAACAUGUCUUGACUGAGGACACAGUCAGUAGAGAAGUGAAAGAAGGAAGACUUAUAAGCAAAAGACUAAUAUCCAAGACUAAUCCCUACCCAAAAUGGGCUGAACGAUUUAUUACAACUAAGAAAGUCUUUAUAGUUGAAGAAUCAAUUGUAGAUCCUAAGACCAAGACAUUGGUGACCUACACCAGAAAUUUGGGUUAUGUAAAAGUCAUGAGUGUUAUUGAGAAGGUUGUAUAUACAGAAAGUAAGGAUCAUCCAGGUAAAACUGUAGCUGUUAGAUCAGCUUGGAUUGACUCACAAAUAAAGGGAUUUAGCAGAGCUAUUUGUGCUUUUGGUUAUGAAAGGUUCAAAAAAAAUUGCAACAAGAUGGUUGUAGGAUUCAAUCAUGUCCUUCUCAACCUUUUUCCACCACAAAGUGGAAAUGGUUCGCUUCACCAAGAAGCUACAACUCGAAGUAAACUAAAAGAUGCAGCUAAAAAUGCUUCAGAGCAUGUCAAAUCUAAAGCUGUCCCCAUUUAUGCUUCACUCCACCCCAAUAAGUCCUAAUCCUGAAAUGCUACUUGUAUUGUACGAAUUUUUACGUUUCUUUUUUCCAUAAUAAUAGCAAAUCUGCCAGUAAACAAUAGUCAUUACAGUUAUUACUUGUAAUCGAUAAUAUAAAGACAUUCCUAAGCAUUAUCAAUUCAUAAACUUCUGUAAUUUCUUUUACAUGGCCUUUAAGUGGUUAAAUAAAUUUCUAUCGAUGCAUAUGAGCUGGCUCUCAUUAAAAAAAAAUCAGUUUGUAUAUAAAAUUUUUUGUAAUAUACACAGAGAAAUCAUUUCAUUCAUUCAUUUACUGUUUAUAAAAUGAAAAAAGGCAUUAAUUAAUGGCAAUUACAAUUAAGCUUCUCAAAGGUAACUAGUAAAAACAAAAUAUUGUAAGCACUGCCAUAAUUUUACUCUUAACGUAAUAAGUUUGUUUUUAUAUUGUAACAAGGGACAUAUGUAUUCAUUCCUGGGCAGUGAUUGGUCUCUUUUGUUCUUGUGUUACCGCAUAAACGAUAAUUCUUCAGUAGUUACCCUCAGUAGACGUGUGUGAACUCCCUAAUGUAACAGCAUUUGGAUGGGGACCGAAAAUUGGGGUUUCCAGUAGCUUGUUAAUGUACGAACGUGAACCUUUUAAUUUCAGACUGAAAUUGUGGGGUCAAAUGGAUUUAUUAUAUUGUUCUAGUUAGUUUUUUGUUUAUUAAUAUAUUAAUGUGUUGUAUAUAACGGUAAUAAUUAAUAUUUGGCAUUUUCGCAAAGAAGAUCCGGUUGGCAGAAAAGAAUAAUACGUGUAAUUGUACAGUAGGAGAUACUUACUUACCAUUUAUUAUUAUUAACUAAAAAAACAGUGACCGAAAAUGGCUUUUGUAAUAAAUAAAGCAAAAGUAAACAUAGAAAUGUAUUUUACCACGCUUGGUAUUUAAAAACCCACCAUUUGUAAAUGCAGUUUACAAAUAAUCUACCUACACAAUUCUACUGUGUAUGUCUUGGAAUAAUAACAGUCAUUAUUGAUUAAAUUAGUUCAUAGUUAAUUAAUCAAAUAAUUACCGCUAGAAUAUAAUGUAUAUAUCGAUGCUAAUUAAUCUGUAGUAGGUGUACUAGUUGUUAAAUGUAAUGCAAAAAUAUAUAUAUAAUUGCAAAUUGUUUAAAUAAAUUAGGUAAAUGUUU